GCCAAUGAAAUGUACGUCUCCAACCGAUGAUAUCUACUCUUUGUCAACGCUUUAAAUUUGUAAAGAAAAGUUUGGGUUUUAACCAGUUCUUCAGAUUGAGCACAAUGUCUGGUCAGAAAAUUGUCGUUCCUUCUGAAAACAGCAAGGGGGAAAUCCCAGCUGUUCAGUUCAACAAUUCUAAAAGCCAACCAAUAGGUGUGAUCGUAUUACAGGAGUGGUGGGGACUAACCCAAGAAAUACAGAAUAAUGCGCAGGACCUGGCAAAGCGAAGCAACUUUACUACGAUUGUUCCUGACCUAUACCGUGGGGUUGUUACUACCGACUAUGAAUAUGCCGGACAUUUGAUGUCUAAUCUUGAUUGGCAAGGGGCCGUUCAAGAUAUCCGAGGGUGUGCCAAGCAUCUAAAAGAACAGGGUUGUGCUAAAGUGGGUGUCAUAGGCUUUUGUAUGGGUGGAGCUCUGUCUCUCGCAUCAGCGGCCCUAGUUACGGAGAUCAGCGCUUCUGUGCCAUUUUAUGGCAUUCCAAGUAAAGACCUUGCGGAUCCAUCCAGCAUUAAAAUACCUGUCCAGUGCCAUUUUGGUGAACAAGAUGUCUUGGAAGGAUUUUCUGCCCCGGCCGAUCAAGACAAGUUAAAAGAGUCUCUAAAAGCAAGCGGAGUCCAGUUCGAAUUUUUUUCCUACCCUGCGGGUCACGCCUUUGCAGAUUCCAAUGGACCUAGGUAUAAUAAAGAAGCUACCGAGUUAGCUUUUGGCAGAGCUGUUGAGUUUUUCAAGAAAAACUUGGCAUAAAUAUGUGGAUUUAAUUAUAUUUUAGCAUGUAUAUGUUUUAUUUCCUUUUAUGGAACGACUUUACCCGGAAUUACUAAUCUAAAAGACUAUACAUUGACAAAGUAAGGAAGAACUUUAGCUACGGAAGUUUUUUUUGUUGUACUUUUGCACCCAAACGGAAAAUAGUUUUGUUACAGACUAAGCCUGUGAUUCAAUAUGAUAAUUAUUAUCCUAGCCCUUGAUUACACGAAUCUAUUAAAAUUAUCAAAUCUUUAA